UUGCGGGGAGCGCCUAUAAGGGGAGGGAGCCGGCAGGAGGGGGAGGGCGCUGCGGGGCUCCCCGUUUCGCGUCGCUCCGUCUGCGCUGGGGACGCGCUGGAGGCGGCCGCGCCGCGGACAACAGCGCCUUGGAAUCCAAUUGCGUUUGGCCCCAGAAAGAGCACACUCGGUCUCCUGCUUCCGUGCGCUUGGAAGACAAGGCACAUGGCUCACAAAUUCCAGGUUCCCAGUUCUGUGGCGGCUGGGAUAUAAGGUUUGUGCGAAUUCCCCCGUUCCCUCUGCCCGAAUCUCUUCCUCUGAAGCGGUCACCAGCGUGUGGAGCCUGCCCCACACCCAUCACCUGCCAAACCACGGCCUUUACCUGCGUGUUCCGCUGUUUCCCGUGCGACCCGUCCUGCGGGAGCGCCUCCUGGGCCACCCCCGAGUUCACGCAGCGCUCCGUGGCUCCAAUGGUGAAGAUGACAAGGUCCAAGACUUUCCAGGCGUAUCUGCCUUCGUGCCACAGGACCUACAGCUGCAUCCACUGCCGGGCUCAUCUCGCCAACCACGAUGAGCUCAUUUCCAAGUCCUUUCAAGGAAGCCAAGGACGAGCAUACCUCUUCAACUCAGUAGUUAAUGUGGGUUGUGGCCCUGCAGAGGAGCGGGUGUUAUUAACAGGAUUACAUGCGGUUGCAGAUAUUUACUGUGAAAACUGCAAAACCACACUGGGUUGGAAAUAUGAACACGCUUUUGAAAGCAGCCAGAAGUAUAAAGAAGGCAAAUACAUCAUUGAACUAGCUCACAUGAUCAAGGAUAAUGGCUGGGAUUGAACGGAAAGAGCCCAGCCCUACCAGCGUGUAAGAGAAUGCCAUCCAACCGAACAUUAUAUCCAAGAGUGAGAGAGUGACUGAACGCUUGGUUCCAUGCAUUUAGAGGCUCUGCAAUUUGGGAGCAUCUUCACACCCUUCUCCAUCUUUAUUGGUGACUGGCCUCUAAAUUUCUGUCUCUCUGUCUCUUUGCUUUGUAUCUGUUUGUGAGUUGACCCUGGCUGCUUCUCUCUGUGUUCUGGCGUUGGCUAAGAGAAUGCACCGAACGCCCGACAGCCAUUCCAUGUUGACGAAUGUUUAAGUACAAACUGAAGUUGGCUCUGUGGUGGCGUUUUAUCAGAAGGUCUCGGUGCGGGAGGAAGACCUGAGUUUUGGGCAGGAGAAGGUGAUGGGGGUGGGGAGCGGGCCCCAAGGGGAGUCAUCAGAAGUUGAAAUUCUUCUCCUUUAAGUCCUGGUUAACCAAGGCUUGAAACUAUCUACUUGUCUAAAUGGACAGAAAAAUACCUCACGGCUGCGUUCUCUCCGAAUCGUAAAACCGCUGCUCCAUCGCUGGAGCUUCAGUCUAAGCCGGCUGAGCACAAGCCACAACCAGUUCCCCCUGCAAGCUGAUCGCAGUUGUGUGUUUCGUUUGCCAUUUGUGAACUUGUUGUUUGGAGGGGGAGGACCCGAAUGCUGGGGGGAUUCCCCGGCUCUCCUUUUCCUCGCCGUUUCAGGGUCGGUAGGUAGGCCGAACAUCCCAACAGAGCACAGCUGUGGGGAGCAUCCUCACCGCUGCAGAAACCAAAUCCUGACUGCUGAGCCCCUCAGAGAGGAGGAGAAAACUGCUUAGGGCGCAAGGGGUUGGAGCUGCAGCUUAGAAGACAUGGCAGGGGUAAAUAAAGGCACGUGCUAGGCAAGAAAGAGGAAAUCACAUAGAGAAGGAUGGGGACAAGCUUAGUCACACAGCCCCUUGAUUUCCUGGCCUCCGCUGAGCAUCCUUGGGGGUCUUUUACCAACCCCUCGCAAGUGCAUGUAGGAAAAUGCUGUUACAGAAUCUUUGUCUUAAAUCCCAGGCCCCAGCCAUCAGCUCCACCUUGGAGCUGACGGGAAUGGUGCGAGAGUGGGGAGCGGAGGAGCCCGGCACUUGUAGCAGUGUUGCACAGGUGGAUAUUUCAAGCCAUGAGGUAUCCUCCCAAAACCUUCCCCCUUUUUUCCCCGCUCCUGGGAACCUGUUGCAGGCACAGGGGGACGGGAAAGAAAAGAAACGAAACAUCUUCCCCCUACCCCUGAAAUUGUCCAUGCCCUGGAGUUUAAAGGGGAGGAGGGGUAGAUGUGGGUGUUGUAACUGCAAGGAACAAGUCCUUCCCAUUUUAAUUUUUUCGUUUUAAUUAACGUGGACCUUCCCGAGGUGUUUGAUGGGGAAGGGACCCGGUAUGUGAGAGGGGAGCUGUGUUAGACGUCAGUGACAAUGUGAAGUUUGCUCUGCAACAGUCCAGCCAGUAUCUGGUGCAUAACUCCAAGGCUGUUUAACUGAAUUAGUUUUUAUCUCUCUGAGUGAGUUUUCUUUUUGUUCGUGGAAUUCUUUCAAGUAGGUUAAUCCACUGGGGGAAAUCUGUCUUAAUCCAGAAGGAAAGAGUAUUGUGCAGGGGUUUGUAGCUCCUUAUGAAACCGACGCUGUUGUCACCCCACGCCACCACGCUCUCAGUGGGCUGUGGGGAUCAGGACAGAGCUGGCGGUGAGAAAGUCAUUUCAAAUUAAAUAAGGGGGUGUGAGCAGAGAUGCUACGUAUGGAUCAGGGUGGACUUUACCUGAUGGGUCCUUGUGCUGAAGCCCAGACCUGAUGGCCCAUCUCAGCAAAGGCUGUUUCUUCUCUUGAACCCAUCACCUGCAUUCCCUUCAGUGAAAAAAAUCUAAUAGAAAUCCAAAUUCUGCAGUACACACCACCUUGUUGACUUGGGCACUGGCCUGGUCCCAUUUUCCCGUUUUUUGUUGCUGAUCCACAACGAUUUAUGAGGUUUUAGCUAGUGGGAAAUAAUCUGUGUUCUUUGGAGAGCUCUUCAGUCUCCCCAGGUACGAAGCCUUAGGGGGAUCUGUUUGGAGCUGGGAGAAGCAAGAGAUCACCCCAAAUCAUUCAUGUUUGAGGGUGAGAAAAAGAGCACACAUGGGCUCAUGGUUUUAUGUUGGUAUUUAGAGUCAUCACCCAUUAAAAAGCUAUAAAAUGAUAGGGCUGUUUAGAGGAGUGCUCUGAGAAACAAGAACCCUUACUGCAGAGCGCUACCAGGUGUAAAGGUUUUUAUCCGUGUAUUUGGGACAAGAAAGGACGAUGAUCCGUCAGAUCAGGCUGGUUUUAACUGUUCACAGGGGUUACGCUUUUAAUGGCAACCAGUCUAAGCUUGAAUACAGCGAGAUCUUAAUCUGGUUUUAAUUGGUGGUGUCCCAUCAGCAUCCACAGAUUCACGCUUGCUGAGAAUCUCACCUCAAGCCCCGAUACAAUAAAAAUAUGUGCCUGUGAACAUCCGCAACACCCAGAGAAUUAUCCACAGAGUGACUUUAAUGCACUGUCCAGGGACAUAAAGAAAAAUAGACUGGUGAGGCUCAUUGGCGUUUGUUCUCUGCUGCGUGUCCAUUAAAUACAAAGCGCUUCUUAUUCCGCUGCUAACUCAUCUGUCACUUGCUGCAUCGAGGCACGCGGCAGUUUUGGGAGCCGGUGGCCCCGCGGGUGAUGGGAUCUGUAUGUUGUGCCACCACAGGAUCGAUGGCUCCUACACUGAUUUAUUCAGAGCAUAACCAAAGAACCUCGCUCCCCACGUCCCUCCAGUGCUGCUUUCCCGGUGACACCCUUGACAAAACACCAACCGCAGCGACUUUUGCUGCUUUGUUCUUUUGAUGUGGCAUUUAGUCUGGCGAGCUGCGUUAUCCUGGAGUUUACAUCACCCCCAUCUCCCCCAAAGCUCAGGCUUGACUAAGUUUUUCAGUUGUUUUGGUGGAUUAUCUGGUGUGAAAUCCUGAUCCCUGUAAUAAAUAUUCAGAUGAUAAUAUAUACAAAGCGUGAAAAAAAAAAUUGUGAAAUAUACUUUUGUAAAUACUAUUUAAUUUUUUUUUUUAAUAAUAUAUUUGGUGCUGUUUUCCCAGAGCCCCCCCCCGAGAGCACGUUUUUGUUGUUUAUAAAUGAUACUGUUUCCUUCUGUAUUUGUUCAAAAAUAUGUUUAAAGGGAAACAAAUAUCAUAGUAUUCGUUGUCCUCUUAAGUUGAUCCGCUUUUCCUCUGGAUGUGGCAGGAGGGGAAUCGCUCCGGCUUCCAGCCCGCAGAAUUGGUGUCCGGGGCGGGCGGUCCCGGGUUGGGGACAGCGUUGGUGGCAGGUUGGGGACAGCAGUGGUCCCGGGUUGGGGACAGCAGCGGUCCUGGGUUGGGGACAGCAGCAGUGCCGGGUUGGGGACAGCGUUGGUGCCAGGUUGGGUACAGCAGCAGUCCCGGGUUGGGGACAGCAGUGGUUUCAGGUUGGGGACAGCAGCAGUGCCGGGUUGGGGACAGCAUUGGUGCCAGGUUGGGUACAGCAGCGGUCCUGGGUUGGGGACAGCAUUGGUGCCAGGUUGGGUACAGCAGCGGUCCUGGGUUGGGGACAGCAUUGGUGCCGUGUUGGGGACAGCAGUGGUGGCGGGUUGGGGACAGCAGCCUGUGGUCCCCACGUGUGGGACGCGAGGUGGCUCUGGACACUUGGGGAGGGCGCCAGGGGCUGGAAUUACGUGUGAAACACCUUCAUUUAGCACCCGAGAACCCGUGUGAGUUCCAGUGGACCAGUGGGUUCCAUCUGGGCUCAGCUUCCCCGGGGGGAUCUGGUUUGGGGGAUCCAGGCCUGAGAUCUUCUCUUGCACCAGAAUUGGCUGGAGUGAGGUAGAUGUUGAGGUUGAGGAAACAGGAUUGAGCACAAGCUGCAGCCUCCGAGUCACUGGGAGGCAGCAGGGAUGGAGGAUGGAGGUUGCUAUCUAGUCAUUGUUUUUAAAACAUAAGUCUUUGGACAUGGAUCCUGGUUUUCUUUGGGGUUUUUUGUUGUUUGGUUGUGUUUUGGUUUGGUUUGAUUUCCUUUUUAUUUUUAAACCAGGCUGCUCCAUAACCGAUUAGAGUACAAGUUUACCUCUGGGGCAGUCAAGUUCAUUUGCUCCCUGUUUUCCUUUCUGUCUUUAACGUCCCCUUUUCCCCCCUUAUAUAUUUUUAAUUCAUUGAGUCUCGUUCAUCCCAAAGUUGGACCAACAGCACAAACCACUGGACCGCGUUUUGCUGAGCAAGGAGCUGUUUUCAGUGCUGAAGAACUGUUGCACGCUCUUUAAUUCUCCGUUUUUGGUGCACACGAUUUAAAGACACACAGAAAACAAAACCUCUGAAUGAAACCUCUUGUUCUUGCGAUGAUCAAGUGAGAGUUUUCUCUGUAUGCGUUUGUGUGUUCGUCACGCAUUUCACCGCACUGCCGCGUGGCGGGGGGAGCAUCGCGUUUCCAUGGGAACCCGUGCUUGGGUGACGAGGUGACACCCGAAGUGACACCCAAAGCGACACCCGAAGCGGGGGGUGAGCAGGGUGGCAGAACCGGAGCUCGGUUCGGUGGGAAGGAGCCUCUUCUCCUCUUGUCCCAGGUGAGACGCCUCGCAAGUUUAAUGCUCAGAAACAAUGACGCUAGACAGAGAUUUUGCAGAAUCCUGUUUAAAAAGAGGAAGCAGAAGAGGGGAAACAAAAUCAUCUUGAAUUCAGAAAACAAACCAACAUAUUUAAACGCAAGCAGAAUGGCAUUGUGUAAGGUACAACCACAAAUAAGCUAUUCUCGUAGUUACGAACUCUAUGUAUCCUUUGUUUUGUUUUUCGUAAGGAAAUGGGAAUGCUUUCCCCACUGACAAAACCGAAGGACGAUAUUUCCAAUACCAGCCUGUCUAUUGAUGCUCUUGUGUUUACAAACUGUGUAUACUUUUAUUUCUUUGAUCUUGUUUUAAUUUUAUUUUUUUGGGCAUAUUCUUUCAGGUUGUUUGCUUCCGUAAUAAAUGCAAUCGUUUGUUUUGAAAGAAUUGGUUUUCACCUUUUCAUGUGUUUGUACAUUGUAAAUAGUUCUUCAGUAUUAGAGGGAGGCGUAUUGUUUGUCAUAUUUACAAUAUGUGUUGGUGCUCAUUUGAGAAAAUAAAAUUUUCAAGUACUAAAA